GUCAACUGGAAGCCGAGGCGAAUGCAGGGACCUGGAUGAGAGUCAGGUUUCUCAUCUGAAAGUGAGGGUAUUAAUAAUGACUGCUUCAUGGCGUUGGUUUAAAACUUUAAGUCACCACCUGUAAAGCAAACAGCCGACUGUAGGCUACUAAGCCAUGAGCGACUGCUGCUGUUGUAUUUAGAAGACACUUUGUUCCAUUCAUUGGGUGCCUAUAACCACAUCUGCAUUAAAUGUAACAACUGAGGCUCAGGUCACAAGCUAGCAGUGAGGGAGCUGGGGUUCAAAGGCAGGUGUGAUUUAUUUCCCGUUUCAGGCACUAAUAUCACACCUGCCUAAAACCAGCAUUGCAGGCUUCACAGCACUUAGCAGAAUGGCAUGUCCCCAAAUACUCAGGGAGUGGAUGUAGAUGGAAUCUUACCACGUGUCAAAUGUAGUCUGGAUUUCUGGUGUGUCUUCAGAUCUUUUGGGUCAGACAGGUUCCUGGCCCCUUCUGCGUUGUCAGGGUGUCUCUCUUUUAAGUCUGAUGUAAGAAAUUCUGAGAGUCACAUUUUUGCCACUAACAUGGUUUCUCAGGUCAGGUUGCAGGCUCCUUGAACAGAGCAGCCCUUGCGAGGUGGGAAGCAGGGGUCUCUGUGAACAGUUUUACCUGGAAGAGAACGCCUCUCAGACCUAGACCUCCCUCCCGAGCUUCAGAGCAGAGGCAGAAGAGCCCACAGAGGAGCAGAUCCUAGAUGUGCAUGGUCAGAAGCAGUUCUUGAUCCUCCUUCCCAGAAUGAGCCAGACUUGGUGAAGCCUCCAGAAGCCACCACAGAAUAGGUGACAGUGGGUGGUUUGGGCCAGCUUUGAGAAGAGCAAAAUGAGCUAGGUGGUGGCCAGGGACAGGCUACUCAGGAAAGGCCACAUCAUUGCAUAGGUCUGAGGGUAGGGGUAACCGGAGAUUGUGUCCCCAGAUCCCAAAGUAGCCCCCAGUCCCUUUGUUCUCCACUCUUUACAGAUGCCAUACUGCUGUUAACACAUGUGACACUGGAGACUUUGUCCCUACCUCAUAGAAUCCCAGCAUGAUGAUACAUGAAGGGUUUUCCGUGGUUAUCUACUUCUGAUUCUUUUGAAAGCUUUAAAGACAUUGGGCAUGAAAGCUUCAGUGAGUUUCCGGGGAUCCCUCGUUUGUGGCAGAGCCAGGAGGAAAACAGUUCCGUUCAUUCUUUCACAGGCAUCGGUGUCAUUCCAGGACGUGACUGUGGAAUUCAGCCAGGAGGAGUGGCAGCACAUGGGCCCUGUUGAGAGGACCCUGUACAGAGAUGUGAUGCUGGAGAACUAUAGCCACCUCGUCUCAGUAGGGUACUGCUUUACAAAACCAGAACUGAUCUUCACAUUGGAACAAGGAGAAGAUCCAUGGUUAUUAGAGAAAGAGAAAGGAUUUCUAAGCAGGAACUCCCCAGAAGACUCCCAACCUGAUGAAAUCUCAGAGAAGAGCCCAGAAAAUCAAGGCAAACAUUGGUGGCAAGUUUUAUUCACCAAUAAAUUAUUGACUACAGAGCAAGAAAUUUCAGGAAAACCACAGAAUCGAGACAUAAACAUUUUUCCUGCAAGAAUGAUGCCUUGUAAAUGUGACACUGCGGGGUCUGCUUGCCAGGGUCUCAGCCUGAUGGCCCCACACUGUCAGUAUUCAAAAGAAAAGGCUCAUGAGCAUAAUGUUUGUGACAAAUGGCUCAUCAGUAUUAAGGAUGGCAGAACUAACACUCAAGAGAAAUCUUUUGCUUAUAGUAAAAUUGUGAAAACCCUCCAUCAUAAGGGGGAAGUUAUUCAACAUCGGACAAUUCAGACUCUAGGGCAAGAUUUUGAAUAUAAUGAAAAUAGAAAAGCUUUUCUUGAAAAGGCUGCCCUUGUUACAUCUAACAGUACCCACCCAAAAGGAAAAUCUUACAAUUUCAAUAAAUUUCGGGAAAACAAAUAUGAUAAAUCAACCUUUAUUAUUCCUCAGAACAUUCAUCCAGAGAAGAGUCACUAUGAGUUUAAUGAUACUGGAAAUUGUUUCUGUAGAAUCACUCACAAAACUCUCACAGGAGGGAAAUCUUUCAACCAAAAGUCACACAUUAGAGAACGUCAUAGAGUUCAUAUAGGGGUGAAACCCUCUGAAUAUGGAAAAAGUUUCAACCAUAAUUCAACCCUCCCAGUGCAUCAGAGAACUCAUGCAACAGAUAAAUACUCCGAUUAUCACCCAUGUGCAGAGACAUUCAGCUACCAGUCAACUUUCAGUGUACAUCAGAAGGUUCACAUAAGGGCAAAACCCUAUGAGUAUAAUGAAUGUGGGAAAUCCUGCUCUAUGAAUUCAUGCUUGAUUUGGCCUCAGAAAAGUCACACAGGGGAGAAACCCUAUGAAUGUCGUGAAUGCCGGAAAGCCUUCAGUGAGAAGUCACGCCUAAGAAAACAUCAGAGAGCUCACACGGGAGAGAAACCAUAUAAAUGUGAUGGAUGUGAGAAAGCUUUCAGUGCAAAGUCAGGCCUAAGAAUACACCAGAGAACCCACACAGGGGAGAAACCAUUCGAAUGUCAUGAAUGUGGGAAAUCUUUUAACUAUAAGUCAAUCCUCAUAGUGCAUCAGAGAACUCACACAGGGGAGAAACCUUUUGAAUGUAAUGAAUGCGGGAAAUCUUUCAGCCAUAUGUCAGGCCUAAGGAAUCAUCAAAGAACUCACACAGGGGAAAGACCAUAUAAAUGUGAUGAAUGUGGGAAAGCUUUCAAACUGAAGUCAGGCCUGAGGAAACAUCAUAGAACACACACAGGGGAGAAGCCCUACAAAUGUAAUCAGUGUGGAAAAGCUUUUGGUCAGAAAUCACAACUCAGAGGACAUCAUAGAAUUCACACAGGGGAAAAACCCUAUAAAUGUAAUCAUUGUGGGGAAGCUUUCAGUCAGAAAUCAAACCUCAGAGUACAUCACAGAACUCAUACUGGAGAGAAACCCUAUCAAUGUGAGGAGUGUGGAAAAACUUUCAGGCAGAAAUCAAAUCUCAGAGGGCAUCAGAGAACUCACACUGGGGAGAAGCCCUAUGAAUGUAAUGAAUGUGGAAAAGCUUUCAGUGAGAAGUCAGUCCUAAGAAAACAUCAGCGAACUCACACCGGGGAGAAACCAUAUAAUUGUAAUCAGUGUAGGGAAGCUUUCAGUCAGAAAUCCAAUCUCAGAGUACAUCAGAGAACUCACACAGGGGAGAAACCCUAUAAAUGUGAUAAAUGUGGGAAAACUUUCAGUCAAAAAUCAAGCCUUAGAGAACAUCAGAAAGCCCACCCAGGGGAUUAAAUGUAUGCAUAUAAAGAAUACGAAAAAACUCUGAGCUGGAAAUCAAACCUCACAAUACAUAAAUGAACACACAGGAGAGAACUGUUAACAUAGUGAGCACUGGAAUUUCCUCUACAAUUUCAGCCUCUACCAAAUAUCAAAGAAUAGAAGAUAAAUUGUUGAAAUCUAUUUUAUAUGGGCGUUCUUUCAGCCAGAGCGCAGUCUUCUAUGGAUAUUACAGAACUUACUCAGCAAAGAAACCCUAUAAACAUAAUGAAUAUGGAAAAUACUCUUGUGAACUCACUCCUCAGAAAACUCAUGCUGCAGAAAAGCUCUGAGAAAGUAAUAAAAAUGUGAAAACUUUGUGCCAUCAAUGAAAACUCAUUCACCAUCAGAGAAAUCACACAAUGACAAAAGCUAGAAUAUAAUAAGUGUGUGAUAAACUUUAACAAAAAGUCAGUACAGCAGAAAAUACAUUCAAGAUAGAGACCUCAUAGUAUAUUAAAACAAACAAGAAAUGAAGUUAAUGGAUGUGGGAAAUUCUUCUGCCAUGUCAACCCUCAUUUUAACUUACACAGAGGUAAUCCCUAUAUGUCAUAUAAUAACUAUUGAAAUGUUCACUAGUAAUCAUUUUCACUUCUCCCUCAUGCCACACCUGGCCUAAAUUUCUCAACCACUCUCUCAUCUAAAUGGGGUCAUAUUGUUACCCUCUAGCUAGUGGAAUAUGGGGGUCAAUGACAGGUCUUAAAUACAUCAGUCAAAUUCUCAAUAUUUUCUUCUAUCCCUCAUUAGAAUGGAAUGGAGGAAAACCGUGGGACUCAGGCUCUGACGAUGGAAAGUACAAGAUGGUAGGAACCCAGGUCAGAGAAGGACACUGUGGCAUGGAGUUUUCUCCAUCAUGUACGCAGUUGGACUUUUUGCAGUGAGGAAAUAAAUGUGUUCUCUGCUG